CUGAUGUUGCUGGUAGCGCAUCAUCAGGAAGUGUUCCUGUAUUUCUCUAGUCCAGUUUGAACUUUUGCAGAUUGCGUGUGAACUAAAUAUGUGUAGGGGCUGUGUGCAGGAGGAGUAUCCUGAGCGGGGUAACACCUGCUUAGAGACUGGAUCAUUUUUGCUAAACUACUUAAGCUGUGCUCAGUGCAAUAAACGAGAUUUUAUGCUCAUUGGCAACAAAGCAACAGAAGAAGAAGAUGGCGAAGAAAUCAUCACUUAUGACCAUAUGUGUAAAAACUGCCACCAUGUUAUCGCAAAGCACGAGUAUACUUUUAGUGUUGUAGAUGACUAUCAGGAGUACACCAUGCUCUGUAUGUUGUGUGGAAGAGCAGAGGAUUCAAUCAGUGUUCUUCCAGAUGACCCAAGACAGAUGGCUCCCCUGUUCUAAAGAAGCUGUAUUUUACAAAUUAUUUUUACCUCACGCAUAAAGCUAGACCACAUCUCACACCUGUUUGAUAUUGUUUUGCAGAUUAUAUGUCUUGAGGAUUUAUAAUGUACCGCUGGUCAUAUCAAUGUCAAAAAACUUUUUAUUGAUUAAUCAUAUUUUUUUAUUUUUAAAGCAAUAAUUUUUGAGAUGUUAGUCUUUUUGCAUUUUUGCUGUGUUAAAGUUAAAAUUGAAGAAAGGUCACAAUGGAGUACUUAUUGCACAAUGCUGUAUGUUGUUCUUUAAUAUAUAUUGAUGCUAUUAAAGUAAUGUUUUAAGAAAAA